GGAUCGGAAAUUCUUAUUUCUGUGACGGUGUUCUAAGCCGCAUAAUUUGCGGAAAGUGAUGUCGGUAUGAUUGGAUUGAUCAAAGGCUUACGAAUGAUGGCUUUUUCAAGUGUAUUUAGUGCUUUUUCGGUGACAGUGCUGAUCUUACUAGGAGUGCAAUGCAGUGCUGCCUCGAAUAUUGAGUUGGACGAAUACUAUCGCAUGCCGAAGAUUUACGACUACGACGAGUACGAUCCGUGUGUGGCUCGCGCCCACCACGCUCCACCGGAGGAUUCCGAUGCCGUCUACUGCGUCGCGCGCACGGUCAUCAAACCGGAUCCGGAGUCAGGCCUAUGGCGGCAGAUCGAGAACUUUACCAACGAUACCAAACGUCACUUCCGGCACGAUCACCUGGAUCGUGGCUUUUGCGUCGAACGCUGCCAGCGGCUGCUGGAUUCACUCGAUAACCAAACGGCGGAGGAGUUGUACGUUCCGAAAUUUAACAUUCCAUUCCCGUACAUUAUACGCUCGGAUGCCUUCAGCGAUGUGACUAGCGAUCGUGCGCGGUACGGCAGACUGAUCAACAUUUGCCAGAACUAUGCCCUUCGGAAGCAGUACAACUUGACGGCGUACACCGAGAUUGAGUACUGCGUUAGGCCUCAACGCCCCGUACCGAUCGACGGUCUGGACAUCAGCUUCCUCGUCAUCUCGGCCCUCAUCCUCGGGCUAGUGAUCGGUUCUACCUGGUACGACUAUCGCACCAGCAACCGGCAGGGCAAUGAGCACUACAAAAAGGAUCUGCCGUGUCGCAAAACGAUGGUCCUCACUUCGUUCUCGCUGGUGCGCAACUGGUACCGGCUGGUGUCCCGCUCGAAGGAUCAGCUGAACGAGGAUCUGAAGUUCUUCCAGACGAUUCGUUUCUUCACGUUCUGCCUGGUGGUAGUCGGGCACUGCGGUGACCUAUUUACUGCCACCGGGUUCGCCAACACGGAGGGCCGGGAAGAGGAGUAUUCGAAUCCCCUGGGGCACAUUCUGAUCAAUGGGUCGCUGAUUGUGCAAUCCUUCUUCGAGAUGGGCGGUUUUCUGCUGAGCAUCCACUUUUGCACCAACCAGGCGAAGAUGAAGAAAAUUAGCUGGGCGGCCAUUCUCGUUACGGUAGCAUACCGCUACAUUCGACUUACGCCGGCGUACGCAUACAUACUGCUCCUUCAUGCUACCUGGUUACCGAAGCUACAGGAUGGACCCCUGUGGACGCGUGGGGCCGAAGUCGAGCGGAACUUGUGCCGUCGCAACUGGUGGACCAAUCUGCUGUACGUGAACAACUACGUAAAUGCGGACGAACCGUGCCUCCAACAAGCCUGGUAUUUGGCCUGUGAUUAUCAACUGUUCACCGUGGGGCUCAUCAUUUUAGUCGCAGUUACAAAGUACAAGAGAUAUGCCGUCCACAUCUUCAGCGUAUCGGGAUUGAUCGCCAUUCUGAUACCGGCGGUGGUUGUCUACUGGAAUCAUUUCGAUGGAGUCUUCCUUGUCACGUUGCAGGCGGAACGGUUCAUUUAUUGGUUCGAUGAGAUGUACCACAAGAUCUACAUUCCGUUUCACACGAACAUCGGUUGCUACAUCGGGGGCGUCGUUUACGGAUACUUGUACUACCGUGUGCGAGCCUCAAACCAUAAAGGAAACCGUUCAGGUUUCCUCAAGUUCCUCUGGUACAUGACGGUCCCCUGUGGCAUGCUGGUGCUGAUGAUCAGCAUGAUUUUCUAUACAAACAACUUCGAGAAGCCAUCGCUUUGGAUUGCCGCGUUUUUCCCGCUCCACAAAAACGCUUGGGCGUUGUUUAGUGCCAUCGUUCUGUACGGUAUCAUCUAUAACUAUAAUCGAUUCAUCAAAAGUGUCGUAAACUUCCCACUAUUUGUACCGCUGGGCCGUCUGACGUACUGUGCCUACAUUAGUCACGUGUUCUUCUUGAAGAACUUUUUCUAUGGCGCACGAGAAAUCGGAUACUUUAGCCACACGACGAUGUACAUGAAGGUGAUAUCCGUCAUAGUCGCGUCGUACAUUCUGGGUGCCAUCGUCGCUCUGACAUUGGAAUUUCCGAUUUCCGCCCUCCAGAAGCACCUACUAGCCAAACAGAUGGAAAAAAUUACAAAACCCGAGCCACCAAAGGAAAACAACAACGUUAGCCCACCGUCAGCGUAAUGGAGACAAUCAUUCGCUAAUUCAUUAAAUUAAGUUUAUUUACACUCCUUGAUUGCACACCAAUACUCGAUUGAUCGAUAGCACGUGAGUCUUUUUAGGUUUAACUGUAACUUAAACUCUA